AUGUCAAAUAAAACCCAAAUAUCAACACAAGCAUAGGCCACUGGUGAUGAUGUGCCAAUAGUGUCUGCAAUUUAAUAAAUAAAUUUAAAUAAUUAACAUUAAGAAGAUGUUCCUCUAAAGACAAGAUUACCUGCUUCUUAAAUAAACUAAAAUUUGAAUUUAGGUCAUUAGGUAAGUGAUAAUUUUCGAUAACCUAUUCAAUAAUCUAUUCAAUAACCGUUCUCAUAACAUUUUGUAAUAUAGUAGAGAUAAUAGCAAUAUGAAAUGAUUCAACAAAAAAAGUAAUUAGAUCAACCUAAUGAGAUAGAAGAUGAUAAUAAAUCAUCAGAAAAUUAAGAAUUCAAAAAAGAGGAUAAAUUAAUUUUGCUGGCACCCUCCUAACCUUAUAGUAGAGAACCUUAAGUUCUUAAAUGCGAAAAAUGCUAGAAUGUUAUGAUAUCAAAGGUGGAAUCAAAGCCAGGAUGGGGAAGCUGUCUUUGUUGCUGUUUAAUGUUUUUAACUCCUUUUUUCUUUUUGUUUUUUUUACCCUUUUGUAUGAGAUAAUGCAAAGAUGCUCAUCAUUAUUGCUAAUCCUGCUCAAAUAAACUCGGAACAUAUUAUUUUAUUUGUGAAUGA